UAUAAGCGCAACAAAUCCCACAUGCCGUUUAUAUAUGAUGAAGGAAUAUUUUUGAAACCCAUUCCCUCGAUAAACAGGGUAGAAGAGAAUAAAAAGUUGUGUAAAUCGUGGGAAACCGACUUGCAAACAUUUGAACGUUUGCACGCACACCAGACUUUGUCGAGUGCCAGGCGAUACGCACAUUUUCAUUGUUAUAGAGAUACCGUUCCGUCUGAUUCAUUAGACAUUGCUUUAUCAGCAAAGUAUAAUCAUGAACAAGAAUUGUUUCCAGACAAAACUGAUUAUUUCUACCAAGCUGAAACAUUAGGUGAGAAAACGUGGAGAAGAUUAAGAAAUACGAUAGAUGUACCCAAAAAACCUCCAGAGUUUAUAAAAUUUAAUGAGAACGCAAUAGGAGGAGGAAUAUCAGUGCCAACUUGCAUUCGAAGGAUAAAAGUUCCAGUUAUGCCUUAUAGAUACAAUCCUGAGCAUAAAGUGAUGAUAACAGGAAUAACUGAAAAAAGGGACCCAAAUAACGUGAAACUAAUGAAUUCCUCCCAUCACUCGUCCCUAACGAAUCCAGGAUUCUCCAGACAAUCCUUAGAUGGGAAUAUUUAUCAGUAUUAAAAUUACACAAAAUAUAUUUAAGAUAACUGCAACUUUAUUGGCUCUUAACCAUCAAAUCUCACGGUGAAUUUAUGUUUUACCGUAUAACUGUUAUCCACUAAUUGACAGUAAAAAUACUCGGGGCAAGAGCUCAUUAAUACAUAAUAAUUUACUUGUAUGUUUCUCUGACCAUAAAAUGAAUUGCUAAGCAAACCGCACUGAAACAUAGCGAUUCACACUCUGAUUCGGACAGACACGGAGGAAAGGAAAAAUCCUGCUUAAUUAAUACGAUUAAUUUGCAUGG